AUGGCCCAUAACAAGUAUAAACAGAGGAUUGAGACAGAAAAAGAAGAAAGAGAGAAAAAGAAACAGGAGAGAGAGAAAGAAAGGCUUGAAAAGAAAAGACUGGAAGAACUUGCAACAGAAGAGAAGAAUAAGACCUCCUCCCUGCUUGAAAAAGAAAAAGCACUGCUUAAAAAAGAAAUGGAGAUUCAGACAAGGUUGACUGUAGCAGAGGAACUGUUAAAAGAUGGGAACAAAAAGCUUUCUAAAGCUGUUGAAAGUAGUGACAUGAAAGGUGCUUCUGUAGCACAAAUGAUGAUAGCAACAGCCACAUCAAAGAUAGAGGGUAUAAGAAAGGAAAUGGACAGGGUACAUGAAAACCAAAGGGAAGUUGAGCAGCAAAAGAGACAGUUACUGGUUAACAGACUAAAUAAGUGCAGUUCUAAAUCAUCAAGCAAAGGAAAGAAACAAGAAUCAGCCAUAUCAAGUUCCAAAAGCUCUGCCACUGCUUCAACAAGAACUUCAAAAUCUGAACCAGACAAGCAAGCUGCCUCUUCUUCCAAGUCAAGUCAUUCAUCAGAAAAGCAUUCAUCCAAGAGAAAGAAUGAAGAUAAAGAAACAGAUGCCAAGAAAUUCAAGAAGGUCUAA